GUUUUUUAGCUCUAGCAUUUUUUCUUAUUUAUUUAACAACUGUUUUUUAUACUUUAUUUGUUGUCCAUACUAUUUUUGCUUUAUACUAGUCACAAAAAGACACAUUGUUCUACGUUCAGCCCAGUCCAACUGCAGUAUACUCAACAAACUUAUUGUAAGACAUGGGCAACCAAUUAUCGUUUGCAGUAACAGAGAGUGAACUGCAGCGCCAAAGGGCCAGCAUGGCCAAGGGAUAUUCACUGGAUCCGCGAGGAAAAGGAGACGCUAUUAUGAUUGUAAUAAUUUCAAUGUUCUAUGGGAUUAAGUUUUUGGCGGUACUCUACAUGCUGUGGAACAGGAACUACCCACCUUUGAAGGCCAAAAAUCUGACAAUUAUGACCUUGGUAAUGGUGGCCUCUGUUAUUUGGUUUGUCGGUGACCUUCAGACUAAUGGACACAUUCCUCUGGCAAACACACAUCUAACCAACUGCAAGGCGUUUGGAAUUUGGGGCCGUCUAUUGUUUGGUGUAUGCUUACAGAAUUCGCUGAUAUCGUUGAGGGCGUAUAUAUUGUAUCGCGUGUUUGGUCGUUCUUUGACAAGUCACAGUCUUGCACUUUACAUCCCGUAUUUUAUGUACCUAAUGUGUCUAGUUAUUUUUGGAGUCGUCAUGCAGAUACUAAAGCCCGCUAUAACAAUUGAAUACAGGCCAGACAUUGAUCUGUGUAGCCACGCUAAUGGUUUUGUGGUGGCAAUGUUCAGCAUUAUAGCGGCGACCGUAAUUAUUGGACUCGCCGUGCAUUGGAAGAUCCGUCGUAUCAAGAGUUCGUUCAAUGAGAAUCGGGAGAUGAUUGUUGCUUACGUUAUUGUGUUGUUUGUACUUUUAUUUACAGCAAUUCUAUCUGCCACGCGUCGCAAAUACAUUCGAGACGUUCGUUUGCGUAUAAUUUUUACGUCACUGUCGCACUUUAUGACCAACUCGAUGUGGUGGCUCAUCAUGGCGGUUCCCUUGUACAAAUGUGCGUUUGAUCGGGAGCGGUACCUCACGCAAUGGAUUAGCAAGCUGCACAAGGACGGGCUACAGAAGGAAUACAAUGUUGAACUAAAUGCAACUGAUGUUAAUGUGUGUAAAUUAUUAUUGGCUGCAAACUCUGAGGGGAACAAAGAAGUCGCUAAUAUUUUUCCAACUGAAGACAGCAUUUACGGGGAUAAGGACGGUGAUUUCUGCGCAAAUAAACACGUCAGCUUUUCACGACCGUCAGAAAUAUCCAUUUCUUCACACGGUGGAAGCUCAUACGAACGAGUCACUAGGUUGUCAUCAGCAGUGGAUCGCCACCAAGGGAAUAUUCUACCUGCUAAUCCAAACAGCUACGUUGUACCGCCAGUUGGACCACAGUUUUACACGCCAAUAUCAAUUCCUGAAAAUGCAGUCAUGGCGCCUCUCACACUGAUAGCAGCUCACAACAGGCAUUUGGACAAUUAUGACUCAAGCAACCGCCAUUUGCUUUAAUGUUUUGUAUACAUAUGAUAAUAUAUACUUUUAAAGUGCAAUUUUUAAUUCAAUUAUAACAUUUUAACAGCUAAUUCAAUGCUAG